GCGUCUCCUGACGCUCCCGAUGGGCGGGGCAUCGUCAGCGGCGUCGCGGUGUGGAGGUCCUGUAGUAACAUCGCAGCCACGGACACGGAGUGUUGCUUCCAAUUAGCCCCGAGACAGCAGCACCGACCGGAGGGCAGCAGCAGGGGCUUGUGGAUAAGAUGGCGGAUGUAGAGAGCGAUGAAACGCGGUCGGCUCUCCCUUCGGCAUCCCAUAACGGCCCCGUGGUCGCCGUGUCUCCGGGCACCGAGGGCCUCAGCAGCCCGACGACAGUGACGUCCGGUCCGCGGAUGGUGCGGAUAGUCAAGUCCGAGUCCGGCUACGGUUUCAAUGUCCGCGGCCAGGUUAGCGAAGGAGGGCAGCUGCGGAGCAUCAACGGAGAGCUGUACGCUCCUCUCCAGCAUGUCAGCGCCGUCCUGCCCGGGGGCGCUGCGGACCGAGCGGGCAUAGCGAAGGGUGACCGGAUCCUGGAGGUUAACGGGGUGAGCGUGGAGGGCGCCACCCACAAACAAGUGGUGGAUCUGAUCCGCGCCGGUGAGAAGGAGCUGGUCCUGGCGGUGCUCUCGGUGCCGCCGCAGGAGGUCGACGGUCUGGAGGGAGGCGAGGACGUCCAGCCCAACUACGACUACAGCGACAAGCAGGCCGUGCCCAUCUCCAUCCCCACGUACAAACAUGUAGAGCAGCACUCGGAGAGGUUUGUGGUAUACAACGUGUACAUGUCAGGCAGACAGCUGUGCUCCAAACGCUACCGGGAGUUUGCCAUCCUCCACCAGAACCUGAAGAGAGAGUUUUCCAACUUCAACUUCCCCAAGCUCCCCGGGAAGUGGCCUUUCUCCCUGUCCGAGCAGCAGCUGGACGCUCGGCGCAGAGGGCUGGAGGAAUACAUUGAGCGAGUGUGUUCUGUCCGGGUGAUCGGGGAAAGCGACAUCAUGCAGGAGUUUCUCUCGGAAUCAGAUGAGAACUACAACGGCGUGACGGAUGUGGAGCUACGGGUCGCGCUGUCAGACAAAACCACUAUCUCUGUCAGAGUGCGAAAGAACAGCACCACGGACCAAGUUUAUCAGGCGUUAGUGGUGAAGGUGGGAAUGGACAGUAUUAUGGCCAGCUACUUUGCCCUGUUUGAGGUCAUCAACCACUCAUUUGUGCGGAAGCUGGCACCCAACGAAUUCCCACACAAGCUUUACGUGCAGAAUUACACGUCGGCCGUGCCGGGCACUUGCCUGGCACUCCGCAAAUGGCUCUUCAGCUUCCAGGAGGAGGAGUUGCUCAGAGACAACCCGCUGGCUCUGCACUACUGCUUUCACCAGGCGCUGGAUGAUGUGAAGAAGGGAUUCAUAAAAACAGAGGACAAAUCCUACCAGCUGCAAAAGCUGGCAGAGCAGCGCAAGAUGGCCACGUACCUGAGCCAGCUGCGCUCUUGUGAGGGCUACAACGAGGUGGUUUUCCCCCACUGCUCGUGCGACUCCAGGAGGAAAGGCCACGUCAUCACGGCCAUCAGCAUUCAUCACUUUAAGUUGCACGCUUGCACGGAGGACGGCACGCUGGAGAACCAGGUGAUAGCGUUUGAGUGGGGGGAGAUGCAGCGCUGGGACACGGACGAGGAGGGAAUGGCCUUCUGCUUCGAGUACGCCCGGGGAGAGAAGAAGCCUCGCUGGGUGAAGAUUUUCACUCCAUAUUUCAACUACAUGCAUGAGUGCUUUGAGCGAGUCUUCUGUGAGCUGAAGUGGAGGAAACAGGUUGAGGAGGAGGCUUCUGAUAAAGACAACAAAAACUGCAGCAACAACGAAUAUCUGCCGCCUCUGGAGACGCAGCAGAAGGGAUGGCGCCACCUAGGGGGGGAGAUCGCCACUUCCUAAAAAAUACAAAAAUAACACUCAUUCUGAACUCGGAACUGAUAUCCACUCGCAUCGUCACACCCUGGAGAGCGCGCCCCUCCAUCGACCACAGCAGAACUUGAGGGACACAAGGAUGCGGUUCACGGCCCUUUUCGCCCCUAUGAAAACACUCAUACUUGGAUCGACCAGUUUUGGGAGAGUUUGGAAUAGUCACACCAUUAAAACAAAACCCAGGGAUACUCACCAAGACGAGGGAUGAAGGGAAGUAGUAGGCUUUCAUUUCAUUCACCAGGUCUCCAUAGUGCGUCUGUGAGAUGCUCCUCCUCAUGCAAGCGGCCCGUGGCGUAAAAAAAAAAAAAAAUCACGCUCAUCCAGCAUGCUUGACCCCCUGAAAAUGGGACUGGCGGGUUGUGCUCGGCCUUGAGACGGAGUGGGAGAACCGUACAAAGAGGAGGGAAAGUGUGGGCAGAAAAAAAAGACUACCUUUUCUCGAGUCGAAAGAUUCAACAUUGAUGCUGGACAUGAAGACUGAUAACGUGUUUUCUAUUUGCGGGGUCUGUGUUUUGUUUCUCUUUCCUGUCCAAAAACACAGGUGACACAAAAUGUAAACUCACUGUCCCAUUGUUGUGUAUGUUUAACAAGCCUUUUUCUGAUCAAAUAUAGAUUAAUAUAAGAGCUAUAAUAAGUGAUUCAUUCAUCUAACAUGCAUUUGCAACCCAGAGGUGUUCCGUAUAUCCAUUUAUCGUGUCAUAUUUUGGUCGGAAUCUCAUUAUGGCUAGUAAGACAUGGCAGAUUAUCAGAUUUGCAUAAUUACAAAAAUGUUUAGAAAUUAUUUUCAAUUGCUGCUGUUCUCUAAAUGGACAGCAGAGGGAAGCAGAUUGCCGUUGGCGUCCGAUUGAUUGGUGUGUGUGUGUAAGCUAUCCCCAAGGCUGUGUUACUCAACUAGCAAAGUGUACCUCCUCUGCAGAAGAUCCAUUAACAAUGUCGCAAAGUGUGUGUGUGUGUGUGCGUGUGCGCGUGCUCCAGCUGUCUGCCUUAUGUCACGGUAUUAGUUGUUUUUUCACUAUAUUACCGUAUAUAUUUUUUGUUAAGUAGGUUUACAUCUUGAACUAACCUUAUGCAUUAAAGUCAGAGGUCUGAAUGUUUAAUUGCCGAACCUGAAAGUAGUAAUGAUCCGAUAUGUUUUAUUUAAUUCAAAGUGACUUUAUAAGAAUGCAGAUUCAACCACUUGAACACACGUUCAAGUUCCAAUAUGUUGCGUGAUUGUGCAUGUCUUAUGUAAGAGGCAGGUAAUUGUUUUGUCUUUGGAUGAAUGAACACUAAGAAGGGCGGUUGUCCUGUUGUUGUUUUUUAACUGUUGUGUGCAGCAUAUCACUGCGCUCCCGUAGCACAAAAUGGUGCACGCUUGUCUCGUUAUUUUGUGGUUUGACAAAAUUGCGUGUGUGCAGGAUUAGUGUCCGUCUUUUGCAGCAUCCUGGGCACAAGCCCCUGUUACUUAGCAGUCUGUGAUUGCAUGAUUUAGCUUGAUAGAGUUUUGGACUAAACUUCGUCCUUAUAUGGUGGUGUUUAUUUACUCAACUGCAAAGACUACCAGGUUUUUGCAAGGAGGCCUUUAUUUUUGCAAUUGCAUUUUCAUCAUUCCCCUUUAAAUAAUUAUAUCUAAUUUACUUAAACAUUUUAAAUAUGAAUAUUGUUUUUAAAGCUAAAUAAAUAUGCAAUAUCUAUUUUAGUUUGAUGAAUUUUUUCAAUCCCAAAUUCUUUUAGGAUUGAAAUGUUCCGCAGCCAUGUUUGCUGUCCACUGGGGUGUCAAAAGUCAUGCAACAGCUAAUUACCAGCACAACCUUGUUAUUACAAAUUUAUGGCCACUGUUUGUUCCAAUUGGGCAAAGAGCCUUUCAAUUAAUUGUGGCUUGACAUCUUAUCACAGCAGAGGCAACUUUAUGAAGAAAUACAGUAUUUUAGCUUGUGUUUGCACCUUCCUCCUCAGGUUGGUGUCCCAUCAUUAUAGCACUGGGAUACGGUUGCCGUGGUAGCGCCAUGCCGGCUCGACACGCCUCUGUGUCAUUGUCAGUGCUGUCGGCCGGCUAGAUCCACGCCACAAUAAAUGAGGCAAAGCACUGCUAUCUCUUUGGAGGUUUGUGCUGCAGGCUUUAUGUGUGUGUGCGUGUGUGUGUCAUUGUCCGCCAUCAAUGAGGUGAAUGUCACUGUGUGUUGUUUUUAGUCAGAAGCAGAGGGAUGACAGGAAUGUUAAAGAGCAUGCUCCAGCUGUGUUUGAUAUUGUCUGAUAAGAGAGUGAAAGGACAUGACUCUGCGAUCCAUCAUAGAGUUACAUCAUCGCGGUUAGACUUCAGAUUCUUCUCAGCAGUGUGGUCCUGUCUGUUAUAUAUGUCACUAUCUGUGAUAGAAGCAUAGCGGAGGCGACUCAGGCCGUCGCUAAGGAGACUGCUUCUUUUGUUGGCCACUGACGUCUGGUGAGGCUCACACGUCACUAUUGUUUAUUUUUGUGGGCGACUUAUCUCCUUGUCUUGAAACGCCGGGCCUCUAUGCUGCAAACUGUCGUCAACAUAACUGUAAAUAGUAUUGUUUGGAAAAAAGAAAACAAAUUAUAAUGCACUCACGUUUGUCUGACCUUAUUUAUUUAAGCUGAAUUAGGGGAGCGAACGACGCACACGAUGACUAAACGCUGCCUAAACAGCAUGGAUGAGCACCUUGGGUCACACCUGACAUGCCCGCUUAGGCUACAAGGUUGUUUUUAACUCUAAAAAAAAAAAAAGGUUUACUAACCAAUAAAAGGACACAUGAAGAUGGAAAAUGUAGAGUAAUAAAUUGUAACAAAAUUUUAAAUAAAGUUAUAUAUUGGAGAUGA